AUGUACGACACGUCGGCGGUACCGAUUUUCACGGGACAAAACUACUCCGCGUGGAAGUUUAAGUUCCAAGUGCUCAUGAUGGAGCGGGGACUUUGGGGUCUCUUCGAUGGGACGGAGAAGAAGCCGGACGACGAGAGCGACAUCGCGGCUUGGAAGAAGAAGGACCAAAAGGCGUUCGCUACGCUAAUCUCGCGGAUCGGCAUCAACCUCGUGAGCUCGGUGCGCACGUGCAUCAAGCUCGAAGCGUCGGCGCAUGAGGCGUGGAAGCGGCUCGAGACGAUUCACGUAAACAAGACCCUCCAUGGCAAGAUCCUAGCCCGGAACGCGUUCUACACGGUGAAGUUGCGCGCGGGCGAAUCGAUGCACGAGUAUGCGACUCGUGUGGAGGAACUUGGGGAAACGUUCGUAGACCUCGGUGGAACGGUCACGGAGGAGGAUUGGAUUUUGACCUUGCUUUGCGGUCUUCCGGAAGAGUGGUCGACGGUGAUAACGACACUCGAUAGCGUGCAAGACACUUGGACAAAGGAAACGGUGGUCGGUCGGCUUCUCCAUGAGGAAUCGCGUCGCCGACAAUUCGCUAAUGAGAGCGUGGAGACCGCCAUGUUCUCCGGAGGGAGUUCCGGAGGAAAGUCCAAGUGGAGCAAGGGUGCGACGAAGAAGUCGUACGGUGGAAGCGAUCGCGGCAAGGGGAACACAUCAAACGGCGCGAGCAAGUGCCACUAUUGCGGCAAAGCGGGACACUUUUGGCGAGAGUGUCGGAAGCGUUCGAGCGAUUGGACUCCAUCAAAGGCGCGGAACCAAGAGGGCAACGCGCACACGGCAUCCGGCGAGGCGGAUGAUACAAGGGAGUCGAUCGUGUUAUUGGCCGGUGACGGGACCAACACUCCAAACGACGCGUGGUUCCUUGACACCGGCGCAACACAACACAUGACGCACUCGGCAUCAUUCCUCACCAACGUUGGUGCACCGGUAGACGUCACGCGCGUCGUCUUCGGAAACGGCAAGUCGCUACCGGUGGUCGGAGUUGGGAGUACGCGUCUCAUCGUCGAUGGCGGACCGGUGGACAUCACGAACGUGCUUCACGUCCCGGGAUUGAAGGUGAAUCUACUCUCCGUCACUCAACUCGCGAAGAAGGACGUGAAGGUCACCAUCGAUGGCGCGACGAUGAACCUCUUUUGGAAGGGGAAGCAAUUCGCACAAGGCGUUCUCAACGGAGAACUUUACCAACUCAAGACGCACCCGGGAGUGGCUUCAUCCAACGUGGCGCAAGGUUCCAAGGCGACUCUCAAGGCGUGGCAUAAUCGACUUGCGCACGCCAACUACGACUCGGUCAAGGAGUUGGUCAACAAAGGACUCGCGAAGGGAGUCGACGUGAUCGCCGGCGACGACGAGAAGGGCGUGUGCACGGCGUGUGUCGAAGGAAAAAUGGCUCGCAAGCCAUUUGCGGCGAUUAAACCGUCUCAGAAAGUCAGUGCAUGCUUAUUGCGCAACCCUAACUACCUGUACAUCCGCAAUCGCGGCACACACCUCAUUAUGGUCGAUAAUUGCGGGCUCAUGGCGGUGUACCGCGGGCAGUACUGGGCGCUGCUGGAGGAGCUGCGAGCCAAGUACCGCCGCUUCUGCAUGCGCACGGGGCAGAGCGGAUGGAAAGAGCCCGCGCCCGCCGCAGGCGCCCAUCCUUCCGCCUCAGGCGGAACAGGCGCAGCGGGAGAAGGCAGCGACUUCCCGUUUCCGCCUGCUUCGCGCCCCCACGCGUCUCUUCCGCCUCCGCCACCCCCUUUUGCCCCCCCUUUCCCGAGAGACACGAGCUUCCGGGCAGCAGCUGGGGGAAGCGGUUUAGAUGGUGGCGGGGCAGGGGGGGAAGGCGGAGCAGCGGGGGAGAGCGGAGCAGCAGGGGGAAGCGGGGCAACGGCAGGGGUAUUGGGGGUAGGCGGAGCAGCAAGGCCGGAGCCACAUGCGCCUGACAAACCAGCGAAUGCCACGUUGCACUGCGCGGCUCCUGGACCUUGCCUGGCGAAGCCUCUGGCGUUAUCCGUCUUCUGUUUGAAUCACAUUCUUUUAGAGCCGCGCCAGAGGCUCUACAAGCCCUGCACCUACAUCGUCUGCUGGGGCUCCAAUAGCGGGGCGCACCUGCCCUGCGGGCGCCCCGCGUUCUCCGCCUUCUCCCCCGUCCUCUGCGCCCACCACCGCCACCUCAUCCCGCCAGCUCAGCAGCCCUUCCCGCCACAGAUGGUUCGGACGAUUCAGACCCAACGGAGGAUGUUAGAGGAAGAAGAGGAGGAGGGGGGAGAGGAGGGAAGGGGGAUGGAGGCAGAGGGGAGGCGAGAGGAGGGGAGGAGAGAGGAGAGGGAGGAGAAUGGAGAGGUGCAGAGCGGUGGAAACCAGGAGGGGGUGAGAGGAGGUGGGGAGCUGAAAAGAGUGAGAGAGGAGAGCGAAGGAGGAGGAGGAGGAGGAGGAGGAGGAGGAGGAGGAGGAGGAGGAGGAGGAGGAGGAGGAGGAG